UUAUUUGCAUAAUAAAGUCAGUCAAUCAAGGUGUUUUUUUUUAUCACACAAUGCAUAUAUUGGUGUCACAAAUUAAAAACAAAAUAAUUCUAAAAAUUUUAGCCUUAUGGAGGUAUGUGUGGGUAAAUCGUUUAUACUCUAGUGGCAUUACUCUGUUGUGAUAAAAUCACAAAGGCUCGUCACAAUAUUUUUGUCUUCCUACUGUGUGACUACCCCUAUACUAUCUUCAUUUUUUACAGCAAUAUUUUUUCCGAUUUUGGAAUAGUAUCUGCUUUUCCAAAAAAGAGAAAACUACUCUUUAGUCUGGUAAGUUUAAUAACUAAAUACAAAUUUAAAACUGUAAAUAUACUGGUAAUUGUUAAAAAUGUAUUAAGAUUUAGAUCUCUUGUAAUAUUCAUUUAAAAAUACAAAGCAGGUUUCUUAAAUUGAUAAAUACAUGUAUUUGGAACAAAAUCAACCUUGUUUAUUUCAGACACUGGAAGAGAGUUCAAUUACGAAAGGACACAUUUUUUGCUCCGAUAUGGCAUUAUCUGCUUCUCAAAAGAAGCAAAAACUACACUCUUGUAUGGUAGCUAAUUUUUAAGAAGUGCAUAUAGGACUGACAAUAGCAGUUUUAAAUCUGAAGCCAUUUCCUAUAUAGCAAAUAUGUAGUAUGUAGUAUUUAUAGCUAUUAGAAAUCAAGAAAAGGAAAAAUAUUUUAAUAUAUUCUCAUGUAACUUUCACCUAUUUCUACAUCUGUUUCAUGCCAUAAAUCUUGUGUUACAUUUUGUUUUAGAAAACUGCAGCUAAAGACGUUCCUCCAAUUGAGAAGAGUUUGCCCAGCAUCAACAGUUGCAAAGAGCAUCACACUGAGUUACCCAAGGUAAAUAGACACGCAAACUCACCCACACACAUUUAGGCAUAUGUUGAAGUGAUCUGUCCCUUGUAACACAUAACCUAUUUCUACUUUUAAGGAAAAGAAAUUUGAAGAGGAAACCAGUGAUUCAGGAAAGACAAUCCUUUGUUCCCAUGUCUGUAAUACAAAGGACAUGCAAAUGGACCCUUGUUUUAUUUCGCAGAAAUCUACAGCUGAAGACAAAUUGCCGAUUGGGAGUAGUUUGCCCAGCAUCAACAGUUCAAAGAGCAUCACACUGAGUUACCCAAGGUAAAUAGACACACAAACUCACUCACACACACUUAGGCAUAUGUUGAAGUGAUUUGCCCCUUGUAACCUUUUCAUGUACUGUACAAACUUUAGGAAAAAGGUUUGUGUACAUUGUACAUCAGUUUGAGGUUGAUUUAUGAAACAAAACAACUUUUUUAUUGUGCUUAACAUUUUUAAGUCACCUCAGUCACGCACAUGGCAAUACAGUAUUGCAUUUGGUUUUCAUCUGUCAUCUUCCGCCAUUGUUGGUCUUGAAUGAACAUGCAAUUGAACAAUUUCAACAUCUCCUUAAAAGCUACCAGUAAUUCAGAAGAAAACAAUCCUUUGUUUACAUGCAUGUCUGUAAGACAAAGAACAUGCAUAAUUUAAACCCCAAUGCUAGUUUUAUUUCACAGGUAUAAAGGGGGAGUAAAAAAGAGGAAAAAUAUCUAAAUAUCUUCUCAUAUAACAUUCACCUAUUUCUACAUCUGUUUCACGCUAAGUCUUGUACGUAUUACUUUUUGUUUUAGAAAUCUGCAGCUGAAGACUUUGCUCCAACUGAGAAUAGUUUGCCCAUAUAUUUGCAAACCUUAGAAACCAUAUAUUUGCAAAUGAAUUCAAUUUAAUUAAGUAUCAAUACUUAGUACUAAGAAAAGAUAUGGUUAAAAAAGUAGGUCUUCCUGGAUAUCAUGCUACAUUUUUAAAGAAGGGACAGAGAGAAUUUAGCACAACUUACAAGAGAUGAUUUUGCUGUGAUGAAUGGAGAUGGUGGACUGUUUGUUUACAAAACAGGUGAAGAAAAGACCAAAAACCACCAGGAUGAUAGUGAAAGAUCUUCAGAUAGCAGAAUGUAUGAGUUAAAGGAAUUUAAUAAUUAAGUUGUAAUUUUAAACAGUUAUCAUAUAACUUUCUGUUACAAUUAUUUCACAUUUAGUUAAGGUGGCUCUAUACACCCACAGUUUAUUCAAAUUUUCAAUAGAAGACCACAAAAUAUAUACUUAUCAAAUAUUAAAAUGACGACAGGGAUACUAUAGGUAUUUUUAAAGAAUUUUUUAAUGUUUUUUCGUGUUUUUGUAAAAUAUUUUUUAAAAAGACAGCCAUCAACAAAUUGAGAGAAAUUAUUUUGUCAUAUGAUGGAUAUUUCCUUCGGACACAUAAAAAAAAUAUAACACUUCUUAACAUUCAAAAAUGUUAUUAUUGCAAUUUUUUUUAGUAUUUCCCCAAAACAUAUUUUUUCAUAUUUUCUUACUCUGAUGACAAAUCAUCUGAAAAAGUUGCUUGAUGUUAUAAGAAAAUGUAUUUUAAUAAAUGUGAAAUAAAAAAUUGAAUGAAAACAAUUGCAAAUAAACACAAAAAAUAUUUAAAAUUUUAUUUGGUAUGAAAGUUCCUCAUGUAAGGGUUAUCGUUCCUAAGUCCCAAGGUCCAAACACCUUGGGGACUUUUCAUUUCUGAGUUGAAGAAAAUUUCCUAAAUAUAAUGUUGGAAUGAUAAAUACAUGCAUAUUUCAUUAUAGACUUUGUCCUGUAUAAGUGAAUAGGUGUAACGGUAUUAUAAAUUUAUAUUAUUCUUCUGUUUUAAUUAUUACGUAAGUUAUUUAUCAUUGCUCUCCGCGAGCAAUGUCAUUACGUAAUUGACCCCGUUUAAAAAGAUUGCUCCUCGCGAGCAAUGCAUAUUAUGUAUAUAUAGGACGGGUAAAAAUUACGGGGGGGACUUACUAUUUUUCUAUUGCGGGAGAUACAUGUGCAGUUCAGCCAGUGAUGUUUUCAUAUUUUAUUUGUGAAACUUUGGAUUUUUAUCGUAAUGUGAAUAAACUGUUCAUAAUUCUACUUUGUGUUUCAAUUAAACUAAAAUGUGAGUUAAUUACCUGUGGAUUCCAUAGUAUAGAGCCGUUUACCGCUCGACGGCGCUACAACUGGUGGCAGCGGUGGGGUCAUUAUACUUUCUACGGGUUACGGAUAUUAAUUAUGAACUUUUGUGAACUAUUCUAUGCUGGAUAUUAACAUUUUGUGACAAUGGAAUUAAAUCCGGGAAAUUCUGUGCAAAGACAGCGGUUUGUUAAUGUGAUUGAUUUUGAUGAAAAUGGACAUCGUGUGGUUGUGGGACAAAUGGACCUAUUUGCUCACAAAGAGUGUCCAAGUUGUUAUUUAAUGUUUAACCGUAAGGACAAUUUCAACUGCGCCAAGCGAGGAAAUAAAGAUAUUUUCUUCUACCGGUGCCCGUGCUGCAAAUGCAGAGUGAAAGCAUUUCCGGAGGAAAUCGUAAACUAUUAAUUAUCAAACUGGAUCCGUUUGUGACAUUUGUGUUUUUAGUGCAUUGUGCUCUUUUUCUAAAGAUAUUUCAAGGUGGUGACCGCACUAUAUAUUCUCCAGCUAAGAUGGAUUUCACGAAUAGUACGCCUACUAAUGUACCACAAACUACGCACAGAACAAGAACUUCUGUAAGAUGGAAUCUGAUACAGGAUUUUGAAAAUGAAUUACCGACUCUUGUUGUCACCAAUUCGCCCCCUGUUCAGGAGAUAUUUGCGAACAGAGAGAACUGCACUGAGGUGGAGCAUGAGAGUUCAUGGUAUUCAGGACUUAUGUAUUGGACAUGUGGAAUAUCUGCAUUAGUAUUGACUGUGUUAAGCGUGUUUCGUUAUUCUCCGCAAAAACUGUUGUUACGUUUGACUCAUGAAGCGCUAGGAAAUAUAUCGAUAAUAUUUUUGGGCAUAAUUGUGUGUGCAAUUUUGUGGAAAUUGUAUCAGUCUACAAUGAGAAGGACUGCCCGGAUACCUAAUAUGAUGCGAAAUACUUUAAGUGGAAGAACUUCAGAUCAGGAUACCGCGAGUUAUAAUGAGGAGGUUGGAUUGACAGGAUCAGGAUUAAACCUUCACGUCAAGCGCACGUUUAAAGGAGAAGGAACAGAAGAGUGGAGUGAAUUUGUGCGAUAUUUUGAGAAUGUUGCGACAUUAAAUAACUGGUCUAUUGAUAUGAGGCGCAGAGUUCUCAUCACUACUUUCCGUGGACAAGCGGAAGCGUUCGCAUACGGAUUACCGGACAGUAUUUUACAGGAUUAUAACCAGCUAAAACUGCAGAUGGACACUAGAUUCAUUGAUCAGUAUCUUAACUUUUUAAUGUGGAUACUUGUAUAUAGUUUGUAGCAGUAACUUACAAAAUCUCAAAUCUAUACAUAUCUUUAAGGGAUAAAUUUGUCAUCUAUACCAAAAAAUCUUCUAUAUGAUGCCAUAGCCUAUUAAAUUGUAUAUCUUUCUUGUUUUUUGUAGCUGUAACCUAAGUCGCUCAAGCGUAAAAUGUAGGUCAAGUGGACCUAAUUUUGGUACCGAAUCAGCAAUCAGCUCUGUACAUUGGUCAUGUUUAAGUUUGUGGAUAUUUUGUACGGUGCUUGACCUACAUUUUACGCUGAGCUACUUACUACUUAGGUUAAAUUUUAGGUUAAUGGGCGAGGGGGUUUGCAGUCGUGGACGACAGCUCCAUUUCUUUAUUAUAUGUUUCUGUUGGUACCAAUAUAGUUGUCAGUAAUUGAAAUGGACUUAAACCAUUCUUCCUAAAUGAGUCCCUCAAAUGUGAAAUGUAGGUCACAGCCAAACUCUGAAGCAUGCAUUCUUCCUAAUUGCAUGUGGAUGUGAUAUGAAGCAUGCCAAUUUCAAUCUCUGUCAUCUGUUAGAAAAUCCAUUUUGUUUUUCAUGUUGUUUUACAUCAUAACAACCAUUCACAAAGAUUGUGUUGGAAUGUUUUUGUAUGCAAUAUCCAAGGUUGCUGUAAUCGUUAAUAAUUAGUGUUAGGAUAUUGUGUUUCGCCGAAAUGUAUCUACUUAAAGACACUUCAACCUUUCCAUGUACAUUUUAGAUGCAAAUCAUUUGGCCUUGUUCAGGGUUAAUGUUCAGUUUUUGUAGUGUUUAGCAAUCACAUAGAAAUUCUGGGUUUUACUGUGUGUAUAUUUGUGUUUUCUAAGUGCUUCACACUAGCUGCCUUCAGACUUGAUUUAAAUACCAUUAUUUUUCCCUAAUACAUGCUAAUUUAAAACAAGUUGAAAGCUAAUAAUCAGAACAAAUGAUUUCAGGUUUUUUCUCUGCAAUCGUUACAAUUUCAAGU